AUCAACUCUUGGCAACUGUACAGGAUGCUGAACGCCGUGAACUCCUUGAUGACAUCCGUGCUAUUGAACUCAGAAUCGAACGCGGAGUCUGUCCUUCAAGAGUUGCAAAGGCACACUCUGUCUGGACCACAUGUGUUGCCUUCUGCGACAGCCUCACCCUCGACCCAGGAUUGUCAGCGGUCGACGAUCCCUUGCUCAUCAUCCUCCUCUUUGGAACCCAAUGGCGACGUGGAAAAAUUGCCCCCAGAAAGAGACAGGUCCGGGGUCGAACGGCUGAAGAUGCCAUGCGCCAGGUGGGCCAGGCCUUUUCCUCAUUGGGACUGCUCUAUCCGAGGAUGAACCGAUAUGCACCAGGCACAAUGAACUUUCCUUGGACACGGCUGCUGAAAAGUUGGAAGAAAGAGGAUCCAGCAGCACAACGAGUACACCCAUUGCCAAAGUCCUUGUUAAGGCAAGCAUCAAAGCUCGCCACAAAACCCACAAGUACACAUGCCGCAAAGGCAAUGAAUCGAUUGAUGUGGUUGGGGUUUUCCUUUUUGUUACGUCCUGGCGAAUUUCUGUCAAAAGCGGGAACGCAAUUUCCCUUCAAGUUGAAGCAAGUGUUUUUUUGUAUCAACGACGCAGAAUUUCGUGGCGACGUCAUUCCCCUUCGCCUCCUGGACACGUCACUUGUGACAUUCGCCGGUCUGAUAUUUGAAAAACCAAAAAAUGCGGUGCCAGACGAAAAGAUUGGUUUGGGCACGUCAUUUAAUGCUGACAACCCAACAGCUACGCUGAUUGCCAUUGUCCGACACCUUCAACAGAGUCAACACACGACUGGCGACACCCCCCUGUUCACCUACUACUCCGAGUUUGGAGUCCCUUGCAAUGUCACAGAUCAAAUGAUGACAAAAUAUUUGAGAGCAGUUGCUCUCUCCGUGGAGGUCGAUUGA